UUCCACUUAAAGUUUUAUUUACAUUUUUAACUUAUCUGAUUUUAGUAUUAAAAGUCGUGGCCUUUGUACCGACUUUACACUUUAUAGUAAAAAGUAAUAAAAACCUAUAACUUUGAUAUACUUCGUGAAUCGUGAAUAUUCAUUUCAACAUGUCGCUCAAUAAAUUAGUUGGAAGCGAUUGUGGUGGCAAUAACUCUCUUGUUAAAUUAUCAAACAUUGUCAGUCGAGAUGCUUCUAUUUCGCAACAAAUCUCACAAUCUGAUAGAUUAGUGAAUGAAUUCUUAGCCCAAAAUACUCAAGUACCACAAACAUUUAAUAUGAACACUUUGCUUAACAGUGUACAUGAAGUUGAGAGUUCAAAACAACAAACUAUUCCUCACCUUAACCCAAAUCAAAUGCGAACAGUCAGUUCCAAUAUACAUUCGCCUUGGUUACCAGGGCCAUCAUCAUCUUACAUGCCUCCAACAGGUAUGUUACAUACAUUCCAGGCCCCUUUUCCAUCUUCAUCAAGACAACAAAUGCUACCAAAUGUCAGUAUCCAAUACAUGGAUGAAUCAGAAUUUAAAAAUGUUAAAGACAGUGAUGUGCGAGCAAAAGCUCAGGAAUACAUUGAAACAGUUGAUGAUGAACAAGCAUAUAAUCAAUUUAUGUCAUUUAUGAAACGCAUAAGUGCUGGAGAGUUAAAUCUCGGGGAAUCUGAUCAAGAUCAAAGGACAAUGGGUAAAGACAAAAUAAUUGAUGAAAUGGCAGAAAAAUAUAAAGAUGAAUGGGCUAAAUUAAGUGAUAUGACUGGUGAUUGGAAAUUAUCAAACAGUGAUGGUAUUCCAGAAGAAUAUACAUUUACGGAUGGCAAUGUCAUGUUAGAAAACAAAAGUGCCUUUGAACUUGGUAAAGAAAAAUUAAAAAUGGGUGAUAUACCAGGGGCUGUCCUUUGUUUUGAAGCUGCAGUGCAGCAACAACCUGAAUCAGCUGAAGCAUGGUUUUAUUUGGGAACAACUCAAGCAGAGAAUGAACAAGAUCCCUUGGCCAUUACGGCAUUAAAAAAAUCUCUUUCAAUCGAUCCAAGACAAUUAGAAGCUUACAUCACUUUAGCAGCAGCUUACACUAAUGAAGAUAUGCCUAAAUUUGCAUUUGUUGCUUUAUCUAACUGGUUGAAUGCAAGUCCGAAAUAUAGUGAUCUAUUGCCCAGAGAUGUCGAAAUUCAGAAUUUAGACUUAAAAGAAUUAGAGAACCAUGUGAAAUCAUUAUAUUUAAGAGCAGCACAGUUGAACCCCUCAGAAAUAGAUCCUGAUGUUCAAAAUGCUCUUGGCGUUAUUUUUAACAUCAGUCAGGAAUAUGAUAAAGCAGUAGAUUGUUUUAAAACAGCUUUGAUGGUGUCUAAUGAGAAUGCCAAAUUAUGGAACAGACUUGGUGCCACUCUGGCUAACAGUAAUAGAUCAGAAGAAGCAGUUAAUGCAUAUCAUGAAGCUCUUAAUUUAGAGCCUGGUUUCAUAAGAGCUAGAUAUAAUGUUGGUGUAACUUGCAUGAACUUAGGUGCACAUAAACAAGCCGCUGAGCAUUUUCUUGUUGCCCUAAACCAACAAAAUAAGGCAAAGAACUUGCAUCAGGACACAUCAACAUCUAAUAUUGGAUCAUCAACUAUUUGGUCAACAUUAAGAAUGGUUUGUUCUUUCAUGGGAAAUCAUGAAGCAGCAAGUUUAGUGGAUGACAGGAAAUUGGAUGAACUUAACAAACAUUUUGAAUUGGAUGCUUGAGGUGAUGACUUAUGUAAUUUAAAUAAUGGGUUUGUUUAUAGGGGAAAGUACAGGUUUAAGAAUUAAAGUGACAACAAAAGGUUUAUAUUAUGAUUGUUAUAAGGUGCUAAUUAAUAAGAAUUUUUUAUUCAAGGUUUUUAAUUAAAAUGUGGUAAAAACAUAGAUAUUGAUAUU